UAACCCUAUCCUAACUUGGCUUCAUUGUGAGCCUCCAGAGACGGACCAGACCCACUGGUCUUUUUAUAUCUUAUAAUAAUUUUCUCCCUUAAUUUCUCAGAAAAGUUAAUAUAAAAGAGGUGGUCUCAGUGUUUCCUAAAUUUUUGUGUGUGCCGUCUAUUAAUGACAGUUUUGCAUUGUGGGCUUGAGCUUGGCUUGCAUGUGUUGACACUUGUCAUUGUUGAAGAAAUCUGGUUCUUCCUUGUUGUUGUAGUUAUUGUUUGGGGUGUGUACUUUGUGGGUUCCAGAGAUGGCGGCUAAGAAAGCGUGUGAGGCAUUGACAUUCUCAAAGAGCUUGAUCGAAGAGGUGCAGAGAUGGGGUUGUAUGAAGCAGACUGGUGUGAGCUUGAGGUACAUGAUGGAGUUUGGUUCAGAUCCCAGUGACAAAAAUUUGCUAAUCUCUGCUCAGUUCCUUCACAAGGAGCUCCCCAUUCGAAUUGCCAGGAGAGCCCUUGAGCUUCAAACCCUCCCUUAUGGCUUGUCUCAUAAACCUGCUGUUUUGAAGGUUCGAGAUUGGUAUUUGGAUUCUUUCCGUGACCUUAGAUCGUUUCCUGAGAUCAAGGAUACGAAUGAUGAGAAGGAAUUUACUCAAAUGAUUAAGGCAAUUAAGGUGAGACACAACAAUGUGGUCCCCAUGAUGGCUCUAGGGGUUCAACAAUUGAAGAAAGGCAUGGAACAAAAAAUAGUCUACAAGGAUCUUGAUGAGAUUCAUCAGUUUCUAGACCGAUUUUACAUGUCGAGAAUUGGAAUUCGCAUGCUUAUUGGGCAACACGUGGAGUUGCACAAUCCUAAUCCCCCUCCUCAUUGUGUGGGUUAUAUACACACGAAAAUGUCUCCACUGGAGGUAGCACGAAAUGCCAGUGAGGAUGCCCGUGCUAUUUGCUUACGCGAGUAUGGCAGUGCACCUGAUGUUAAUAUCUAUGGGGAUCCUCAUUUUACAUUCCCUUAUGUUCCAACACACUUGCAUCUUAUGGUAUUUGAGUUGGUUAAGAACUCAUUGCGUGCCGUCCAAGAGCGUUUUGUGGACUCGGACAAAGUUACGUCACCUGUUCGAAUAAUAGUUGCUGAUGGGCUAGAAGAUGUUACUAUCAAGGUUUCAGAUGAGGGGGGUGGUAUACCAAGAAGUGGUCUCCCCAAAAUUUUCACAUAUCUUUAUAGCACUGCAAGAAACCCACUGGAUGAGGAAUGCGAUCUUGGUAUAGCGAAUUCAGUAACAAUGGCUGGCUAUGGAUAUGGGCUUCCAAUAAGUCGCUUGUAUGCUCGGUAUUUUGGAGGGGAUCUGCAAAUUAUCUCUAUGGAAGGAUAUGGGACUGAUGCAUACCUUCAUUUGUCUCGUUUGGGAGAUUCGCAAGAACCACUGCCGUGAACGUAGGCUACAGUUCCAAAGUUAACAAUACCCUCAAGCUGUCAUGAUUAAUUCAUGGAAAUAUAGGACUGAGGUUGAAUGCUUGUAUGUUUUACUGUCAAAGAGACAGAUUGCCAAUUUUUUCAUUCUAAUAAAUUGGCAUUUCUCUUGUAUAUGAUUUGUAAGUCCCCCUUACUUUUUCCUUGUAUAUUCUUCGUGGGUUGCUAGGUACAGACGUACAGUCAUGAUAAUCCAUAUAUUUCUUGGCAUUUCA